AUGGCGUCAGAAGCGGAGGAUUUCGUCAGUGCCCUCCAAAAGCAAAGCGAUAAUCUUGUGAAAUUCAAAAGAAUGGAGGGUUGUACCCAUGGGUUCGAUAAACGGACCACUGACGGGACUGAGCAUGCCAAGGCUAAGAAAAUGGCUUACGAGAUGGCUGUGGAGAUGCUGAAAAGUUGA